AUGCGAUCAGCUAUAUCCACCAAAACACGGCCUGUUGAAUCUAAGCGUCUGAAUGCUGGUGGAACCAAGCAGGUACACCAACACCUCUUCACGGGCCUUAUUAAUAAGACUACUACACGUACUCCAGAGCGACCAACGAGUACUUACGUCGUUUUAGAUGGUCGCGACGUUACGCCGAAACCUCUGAGCGCACCACAGCAGGAGGAUCAACAGGAGACCGUACUGAAGACAAUGCCACGGAAAGUGAUGGAAGAGUUGAAGGAGGAACUUAGACAAGUGAAGCUCAUUGAUGGGUAUAUCAGGGAUACCCCCAAGAACAUAUCGUUGGGAUCGCAUUCCCUCCAAAGAGCACAGGUCAAAUCCCGGGAAGAGCGGAUGAUAGAGAUAAGACUUACGGAGACGCCAACGACAGUUCUUAUUGAUAUACCCAGCGUCGCGGCAAGUGAAGGACAGGAGACGUACGACAAGAUAAUCGCCGAGAAUGAGAACUACGAGGCUCUGUUGAACCGCAAGCAGAACGCACCUGAUCAGUUCCGAGGCCAGCAUGCGCAAACUCUGAACUAUCCUCAGAAGAUGAAGGAGACCUUCACGGAUCCACCAGCAACCUCGUCGCUCGGAGUUAAUGCAUCUGUUUGGGAUAUACAUGACAGCUUCAGAGAAGAGCUUGUUCCGACCGACUUGCAGAUCCAGAUCGAAUGUCAACGGAAUGUUGAGGAGACCUCCACGGAAUCUCUAGCCAAGCCUGGAUGUCUACUCGAGACCUCCUCUGAGGCAAUCCUCUCCCAUGUUGCCAAGGAGACCUCGAGGACCACUGCUGCUCAAUCUAAGAAGGGCAGCUCCACGAAGGGGGGCAAUCGAUCUAGUUCGCCCAAGAAGUUGACUCGAGGCAUGGGAGCAGGCAACUCUGAGAAGCUAGUCGAAGAGAGCGCACUCCUCCGUAGAGAUCAAGAUGGAGGGGCCGUCGAAGAUAAGCAAGCAGUGGAAACGGAGCGGGUACGCUGA